AUGAAUCUUAAAGAUCUUGCUCCAGAUGAACGUAUGAAAAUUGCCACCCUGUUAGCUGAGAAGGAUAGUGCCAAGGAUAAUUCAUGGAUGUAUGAAAAACCAAAAGAGAAUCCAGAAGCAUUUCUGUUAGGCAAACAAGUGAAAAGUUUAGAUGAAAUUCAAGAAAUUAGUAAAGAUUAUGAAGAGUCCCCAGCUCAACGAUUGGCUAGAUUCGAUAUGGAGGCGAAAUUCCGUGAAGAUCCCUUAACAAUUAUGAAACAAAGAGAAGCGGAAAAACGCAUGGAAUUGUUACAUAACACAGCUAAGGUGAAAAAGUUAAGGAGACUUUUAACAGAACAAAAAUUACGUAAAGAGAAACAGAAAGCAAUACGUAAACAUGCCAAACACAAAAAGAAACGCAAACAUCAAAAACGCUCCAGGUCCUCAUCGAAAUCAGAUAAUGAAAGUAGAAGUCGAAGUAGGAGUAGAAGCAGUAGCAGUAGUACUAGUUCAGAUGAUGAACUAUUAAAUAAAUUUAUUAAAAUUAUUCGUCAAUCAGAUCAAUUAGAAAGUGAACAGACUGUUGGUGAUGAUGAUGAUAAGCCUCCAUGUCAAACACCGCCUCCUCCACAAUCACCGCCAUCAUCGAAACAAUCAUCCAGUUCCCAUGGUAAUCGUAGUCAUCAUCAUCAGCGGCAGCAGCAGCAACAGCAUCCUCAUCCUUCACGACGUGAUCAGAAUAAUUAUUCCUCCAGACAGCAUACAUAUUCUUCGAAAAGACAUGAUCGUAAUGAUGAGUCAGAUAUAUCGAGACCAAGAUUACAUAAUAAUAAUAA